GAAAUGCUGUAUUUAUUCCAAUAUUAAAAUACAAAUCAGAAAUGAACUCAUUCUGGAGCACAGUUGUUAUUUUGGCUAUGAAACUCAGAUGAAGUGGACAAAAGGUAAUCCAUGAAAGUCAUUUGACAUUUAUUGGCAUUGGAGGUACUAUAGAAGAGGCUGGCAACAUGCAAGUGAGUUAAUCAAAGCUGCCGGAGGUUCAGAGUCCAGCACUUGUGGAGGUGGAGAAGGGACAGCAGUUGCUAUGAUCCAGGCACUGGUGCUCCUGUUGCUGGCUGGGAGUGAAGCCACGUCUAUCAGCACCAGUCCCCGUCUGAAGCUCUCCUUCCCUGAACUGCGGGGGCGCCAUGGACUGCGCACCUAUGAGUUGGAGCACUCCUGCUGCUAUGACUCGUUGCUGCUGGAUGAAGAGAGAGGACGGCUUUUUGUGGGUGGCAAAAACUAUCUGGCAUCCCUCAGCCUAGACAAUAUCAGCAAGCAGGACAAGAAGAUUUACUGGCCUGCACAUGUGGACUGGAGAGAAGAAUGCAAUUGGGCAGGCAAAGACAUCAAUGCUGAGUGUAUGAACUUUGUGAAGAUUCUGCACCUCUACAACCGCACACACCUGUAUACCUGUGGUACAGGGGCCUUUCACCCCAUCUGUGGGUUUGCAGAAGUUGGACAACGUAUGGAGGACUCGGUAUUUAAACUGGACCUCAGGAGCUUGGAGGAUGGCAAAGGCAAGAGCCCUUAUGACCCACGCCACAUGGCUGCCUCAGUGCUUGCAGGUGAAGAGCUUUAUUCUGGUGUGGCUACUGACCUGAUGGGCCGGGACUUUACCAUCUUCCGCAGCCUGGGCUCUAGACCUUCCAUUCGUACAGAGCAGCAUGACUCCCGAUGGCUCAAUGAGCCUAAGUUUAUUGAUGUCUUCUGGAUCCCGGAAAGCGAGAACCCAGAUGACGACAAGAUCUUCUUUUUCUUCCGGGAAACGGCCGUGGAGGGAUCCCAAGGGCUGGGAAAGCAGACCUUUGCCCGCAUUGGCCAGAUUUGCAGGAAUGACAUGGGUGGGCAGAGGAGCCUGGUGAAUAAAUGGACAACCUUUCUGAAGGCCCGGCUGGUGUGUGCUGUGCAGGGUAGUGAUGGGAGUGACACCUACUUUGACCAGCUCCGUGAUGUCUUCCUGCUGCCAACCAGGGACAAACGUAACCCAUUGCUUUAUGCAGUUUUCACCACUUCCAGCACUGUGUUUAAUGGCUCUGCUGUUUGUGUCUACCACAUGAACGACAUCCGUAGGGCCUUCUUGGGACCUUUUGCUCACAAGGAGGGGCCCAACUACCAGUGGGUGUCCUACCAAGGCCGUGUCCCUUAUCCCCGCCCAGGAAUGUGUCCUAGCAAAACUUUUGGCACUUUCAGCUCCACUAAGGAUUUCCCAGAUGAUGUGAUCCAGUUUGCUCGCAACCACCCAUUAAUGUACAACCCUGUCCUGCCUCACGGCCAUCAACCUAUCUUCUUGCAAACCAACGUGGGCUACAGCUUUACCCGCAUUGCAGUGGACCGUGUGGCAGCUGCAGAUGGACACUAUGAUGUUCUCUUCAUUGGCACAGAUGUUGGCACAGUCUUGAAGGUGGUCUCUGUGCCGAAGGAGACCUGGCAAAACAUGGAAGAACUGCUGCUAGAGGAGCUGCAGGUGUUCAAGGACUCUGCUGCAGUUACCAGCAUGCAGAUCUCUUCCAAGCGGCAACAGCUCUACGUGGGCUCCAGGACAUCCAUUUCCCAGUUGCCCUUGCACCGUUGUGGGAUCUAUGGCAAAGCCUGUGCAGAAUGCUGCCUCGCAAGGGAUCCUUACUGUGCCUGGGAUGGCACCACCUGCACUCGCUACAUGCACAACACAAAACGGCGGUUCCGGCGGCAGGAUGUGAGGAAUGGGGAUCCUAAUACGUUGUGCUCUGGAGAUCCCCAACGAAACAGUGUGCAGGAAAAGAAACUGUAUGGAGUAGAGGGCAGCAGUGCCUUCCUAGAGUGCCUUCCUAAAUCACUGCAGGCCCAGAUUGUAUGGACUUACCAGAAAACUAGCAGUGCCCCCCGGAAGGAGGUGUUGUUGGAUGAUCGGGUCAUCAAGAUGGAGUGGGGAAUCCUGCUGCGCAGUGUGCAGCGGAAAGAUGCUGGCCUCUACCACUGUCAAGCCACAGAACAUGGCUUUACUCAAAGUUUGCUGCACCUCAGGCUUGAAGUAUUCAAUGCCCAGCAGGCCGAGUCCCUCUCCCUCUCCUGGGAAGAGGAACCCACCCAGCCCUUACAUCGCAAGCUUUGGUACCAAGACUUCCUGCAGCUGGUAGAUCAUCCCAACCUCAGCACCAUGGACCAAAUUUGUGAGCAACUAUGGAGCCGCAAGAGUCACCAGCCCAAGAGGAAGCCACCACUGCCCCCUCCACUUAGUGUCAAAGCCAAGAAUCACAAGUGGAAGCAUCUGGAGGAGAAGAAGAGAGCCCGCAGCCGAAGAACACAUGAAGUUCCCCGCGCGGAGAGAGGACCCCGGAGCACAGACUUUUGGUGACCUUCAAGGACCACAGCUGGAUGAUCUCUGUGACUGGGAAGGGCUGGGGGAGCAUGGUGGGAGUAUGGGGGAAAGGGGUGGAGAAACAGAGAAAGAGAAGGCAGGACAAGGUGUAGCCCUUCUGGUUUGAGGGAGAGGGUGUUUUUCUAUUCCUGCCUUCAUAUAUAGCUUGUACAGGAAGUGUUGUCAUCAUAGCAACUUAGCUGCCAUUCUUCCAAAGUUGACAUGAAGCAACUGAACCUGAUACUUCUAGAGAGUUCUGCACCCCUGGCCUCCUCCAUAACGCACAACCAAAGACCGGAGCACCAGCCUCCAAGGGCCAAAUGAACUGAGAGGCCAUAUCCUGGAAGCCCUAUGCCAUGGGAAGUAAAGCUGGCAGGAGCUGUGAUUCAUUUCCAUCCAUUGACUGCCAAGAUAUUUCUUUUUUAAAAUCUAGACACUGAUGGCCUCCAGCUGUGAGAUUCAGUGGUACUCAGACAUUUUCCUGUGAGAAGGAAAGCCCCCUGAAGCCCCUUGCAGGGGGAGCAGAACACCAUGCUCAAAGCUUUUUCUCAAAAUGCAGACUAUUUGCCCCCUUUCCUCUUACUCCCACGAUUCUCCAAGACUUGUGUGCAUAUGUGUAGCAGUGUGAUCUCCACCCCCAGAGACACAACAGAACCACUGAUAUAUUUAUUAACAGAUUGUUUACGGAUGAAUGUAAACCCACUAUCGGGUGACCCACCAGGAUUUUGCUUCUGACUGAAAGAACAGGGCUGCUUUGCCCAAAGGACUAUGGAUACAUUUUUGACUGAGAUUUUUCCGGACAUGUACUGUAUUGGAGUUUUUCUGGAUGUGUAUUUGGGAUUUUUCUGGAUGUUGCAGAUGGCAGUGAGGAUGGAAGGAAAUAGACAAGGAACUAAGCAGUACUAUCUGCUCUUGCUCUCCCUUUAAACCCCCCCCUCCACAUCUAUAUUGCGUUUAGGCCUCAGAAGUUUCUUCAUUAGCCUGAGUUUUGGGAUGAGCAGACCAGGAAGAGAGAUAUCCCUGCUAAGAUAAGCUAUUUAUGGGGACACCAUCCAGCAUUGGGGAAUAGGUGGUCACUAGGGGACAGAUAAAUUGCUGGCAGAAGUCUUAGAAUUUAUUGUACAGUCAUGACACAAUGGUGUAUUGUGAGACUCCUACUAAGAUGCAUAGUGAGACAUUGGUCCCUGCUCAGAGCCAAGGUGUCUCCCAUGGUACAUUGCUAGAGAAAUGAACACUAACGUGUCUUGCCUAAUUUGCCCUGGAGCCUGAGCUAGCAGGCCAAGCAAUGUUUUAAAGCCUAGGGACCCCUCUUGUCUCUGCUCAGUUUGAAACCUCAGUCGUGGAUCAGUUUGCAAGACAGCUCUGAUAAGAGCUGAUAUGGUCAUGGAGAGGGACUUCACCUGACUCUCAGAGAACAUAGGGAGGGUGGGAUCUCUAUGCUUCCCUAGAAAUAAAACGGAGAGUGCUAAGAGGAGCAGGCCAGUCUUACCAUUAAACAGAAUGAGGUGCUGAGGCCCCAUGUUGGCAGCCACAUUAGCUUUUCAUUUGUUCUCUUUUGUUGGAGAAAACCCUUAUGUAUGCCAUACAACCUGUACUGUGCCCCUAAACUAGCCUGCUUUGUCACGCAUGAUGGAGGACAGUGUCUCAUCUCCUGUUCAAGGAAGGGUCAAUUCAGUCCACUCCCUAUUGCAGGUAAUGGUUUGAUGCAAUUUUGCAUACCCUCCAAAUGUCCCAACAUGGCAUGGAUGGUCCCAAUUAAUUCUCUAUCCUCCUUUUUCAGCUGCUUUUAAAAUGUAUCAGUUUCUCUGUCUUCCACUUUCCCUCUUUAUCUUUAUUU